AUGCUACCAUACAUCAAUGCGCCUUUUGAAUAUGUUGGCAGCUCCCUUGGGACUUCUGCAGACGAGUUAAAACUUGUCUUCACGUUCUAUCUAUCCUUCCCACUGGCUGCAGUACUCAAGCGCAUACCCGACAAAGCACCAUGGCAGAAGAACCUGUUCAUAAUAGUGGUGUCUCUCUUCUAUCUAGUUGGUCUCUUUGAUCUAUGGGACGGUCUUCUGACGCUGGCAAUAAGCGCCUAUGGUGCUUACUUCAUCGCUGCAAAAAUCGACUCCCCUUUCAUGCCAUGGAUCGGCUUCGUCUUCCUGAUGGGGCAUAUGUCUGUUAGUCACAUCGCACGCCAAAGAACGAACGACCCUUCAGCCACCGAUAUAACCGGUGCUCAGAUGGUCAUGGUCAUGAAACUAACUGCCUUCUGCUGGAAUGUUCAGGAUGGUCGGUUUCCGGACUCUGAGCUCACUGACUUCCAGAAAGAGCACGCUAUCCGGACUAUCCCAAGCCUGCUGGACUACACCGGAUACUUUUUGUUCUUCCCCGCGUUAAUGGCUGGACCCGCCUUCGACUACAGCGAUUACAGCCGCUACAUCAGUACGACCAUGUUUACCCUUCCACCAGGAGUCGAUCCUUCGAAAGCACCACCGACCCGCAAGAAGCGUAAAAUUCCUCGCAGCGGUACCCCGGCUACUAUCAAAGGCGUUAUUGGUACUCUUUGGAUCUUCGCCUUUCUGAAAUUCUCAUCAUGGUACCCAGUGGAUUUAUACCUAUCAGACGACUUUCUCAAAUAUGGCUUCCUGCGACGUAUCUGGCUUCUGUACAUGCUGGGCCUCACUACCCGAAUGAAGUAUUAUGGUGUCUGGAGCCUCUCUGAAGGUGGAUGCAUCCUGGCUGGUAUCGGAUACAAUGGCAUCGAUCCUGCGACAGGUCGAGCGAGGUGGGACCGUCUGACGAACAUCAAGCCCAUGGAGGUGGAACUCGCCCAAAACACGCGAGCAUUCCUUGGAGGCUGGAACAUCAAUACCAACAACUGGCUGCGCAACUACAUGUACCUACGUGUUACACCCAAGGGCAAGAAGCCCGGGUUCCGAGCCACACUGGCAACUUUCGUCACCAGCGCUUUCUGGCAUGGCUUCUUCCCCGGAUACUACCUCUCCUUUGUGCUUGCCUCGUUGUUGCAGACUAUCGCAAAGAAUGCCCGUCGACUGAUACGCCCACUAUUCAUGACGCCGGACGGCAAACAACCUCUACCCUCGAAGAGAUACUACGAUGCCUUCACGUGGCUCCUCACCCAAGUGGUCUUCGCCUAUACUGUAGCUCCAUUCAUUCUUCUCUCUUUUAGCGGCACUAUGCUCGUCUGGUCGCGCGUCUACUUCUACACUCUCAUCGGCGUCGCUGCCUCCUUCGCCGCUUUCUCUCGCACUCUUCCCAUUCGGCAUCACCUGCAGAAGAUGCAAGCCGCCCGUCAGCCCAACUCCUCCAGCGACAACAUCGAAAAGGUGGCAAAGGAGGAAGUCGAGGCGGAUCUAAAGCGCCAACAAUCGGCAUUGAGCGUGAGCAGCGAUGCUUCUAGCGUAAGGAGAGCGCCCACACUUGGCAUCGCCGACGAUCCGGAAGCAGAGAUUGAUGAGAUCGUGAGGGAGGUUAAACAGGAGAUUGAAGAUAGAAGGCGGAGAGGAAGCUUGAUGCAGGGAUUUGACAUCAAGACGGCUGUGAGAGAAAAGAUGAAGGAGUUUCAGAAGGGGUCAAAGGGGCCGGGUGCGCUUGGAGGUGUGGGUGGGCUGGGCAAGAGUGCUUGA